UGGAGAGAGACGGAGACGGGAGAGAGAGGCACACACACACGCAUUGACAGAGUGCAGAGCGAACAGGGCAGCGGGAGCGAGAGAGCGCGUGUGUGUGUGUGUGAGAGAGAGAAUGCCCAGCGGAAGAGAGGAGCUCCCUUGCUUGCUGACGGGCCGUCUCUGAGACACCAUGGGCUGUAUCGGCUCCAGGACCAUCACGGUGGACGCGGUUCCCGUACGGAAGGAUGGAGAGCAGCAAGGACGCGCUGAGUUCUCAUGGGAAGGAAUCAAUCUCUCGAUGGAGGACACUACCUCCAUUCUGCCUCGUCUCAAGCGGCAGUCCAACCAGUACGGGAUCGGUGCUUUGGCUAAGUCCUCUCUGACAGGUGUGUCAGGUGUGACCCGUUCCAUGAAGGACAAAGUCACCAAGCCCACGGCCAUGGCUCAGGGGCGCGUGGCUCACAUGAUCGAAUGGCAGAGUUGGGGCACACCAUCCGCCGGGCCAGAGGGGGGAGUGGGUCGGACCAACCUGAACCGCGAGAGAGAGAGGCGGCUAGAGCACGAUCUUUACAGUGACCUCAGUGAUGGGGAGAAGGAGGCCCGUUUUGCCGCCGGAGUGAUGCAGCAGUUUGCCGUCUCUGAGGCUACGCUGCUGGGCUGGAAUUCGAUGGAGGGAGAUGGCCUGUGUGCGGACUCCAAUCAGGGCAGUGUGGCCCACCUGAGUGAGGGCAACCAGGACAGCAUCACCAGUCGUGACCAGCCCCUGCACCACUCCACCGCGGACGUGUGGCCUCACACCUACGUCUCGCAGGGCCUCUACUGCCUCUCCUCGUCUGACGCCUGGGAGCCAAUCAGCAGCGAGCCCUCGGGUGUGGCCUCCCCCGCCGCUGGCUCCUACGUCCUGGCGGGCAGCACCUCUGGCGAGGGCUACGAGGGUAACCAAGGCAACCACACCCAGUUCCUGUCCCAGAAUCAGCAUCUCUCGCUGCAACAGCAGAACCACCUGCAGCAGCUGCACCAGAUCCACCAGUACCAGCAGCAGCAGCUUCUGCACUACCAGCAGCAACAGGCCCUGGAUCAUCGUUUCCACAGCAACCCUCACUCCCUGCAAGCCACGCCUAACAGCACCAUCCACAGUCUGGGCCUGCCCACUCACCCACGAUUGGCUGACCUGUGGGCGUCGGCUCAGGUGGAGAUCGCUGGACAGAUGGCUCCCAUGAACAUGAUGGACGGGGGCGUGGCCGAGACAAUGGGGGAGGAGUUUGAUGCGGAAAGCGAAAGCAUGACCGAGCAACAGGAGGAGGAGACCAAGGAGGACGAGAUCACGUUAACCUUGGAACCCGAGUCUGGCUCGCCGCUACCGACCACAACACAGCCGUCGCCGCGGGAGACCCUCAGCCCCUCCUGGGCCGACGGACCCAUCCCCCCUGUGCCCUUCUUUUCCACUGCCGAGCCGGGCGCAGAGUACGCGCCUUUCGAGGUCACGUCCUGCAUUGUCCAGUCUCUGGAGGAGAAGGAUGAGGAGCUGGCGGCGGCAAAAGAGGAGGGCUCCGUGGUUGUCGUGGCGACCAACUGACGUGCGACAGCCCGCUAGGCUCUUUUUUUUUUCCAAGCCAGUAAAUAAAAAUGGACCACCGAGCUAAACAAACACCUUAAUAAUCAACCAGUUACACUAAUCUCCAUCCUCUUCCCCUAACCCCCUCCCUCCAUCACCACCACUCACUAUUAACCCUACUGAAUGAACUGAACAUGUGGUUCUGGGGCUCUAGACGUGAAAAACAAAUGGAUGGACAAGCGGAUCGGACAGCAAUUGGGGAGACCUUGUUAGACAGGUGCUUCUGCGAGCUAAGGCUGGAAGAACAAAAGCAGAAUUCAUAAGAGUGUGUGGUUAUGUCAUUAGCACUCCAGCGAGGCCGGGAACAAGUCAUUUUGUGAAGCGGCACAGAAGAAGGAGAAGAAGAAGAAGAAGAGAUAGCAAGGACACGAGCACAGAGAGGGGGGAGUGCGAGCAAGAGGAGCGCAAUAUAAGAGAGCCAAACCAACCAAAAGAAAGUGCAUGCUUUUGAACUAUUUACAAAAAAAGAUUCAAAUCUAACAGUAUACAUAGUAAUAAUAUUGAUUUUUGUAAUAAAAUAAAAAGCCAAUGAAACAGUAUAUGUAUUUACAUGUAUGUGUGAAGGUGUGAAUGUGUGUGUGGGUGUGUUUGUGUGCGUUCAUGGGUGAGUGUACUCUACGUGUGUAUGUAUAAAAUUAUAUUCUGAAAUCAUAUUACCAGUUUGCCUGUUGGCAGUGAUGUUGUGUGAAAUGUUUCCUAUGUUAUUUAUUACCAACAUAUCCACACACACACACACACACACACAUACUCACAUAUAGACACAUACACAAAUGGACACAUACAUACAUGCACAAAUACACACAUUUGUAAAACACACACACACACACACAUGCACACACACACACACACAUGCACACACACACACACACAUGCACACACACGUGCUCUUUGUAUAAUCAAGCACAAUACUGCCCAGUUUAAAACAGUGCUGCCCAAUUUACCAUCAUAACGUAUUGUAAAUCCUACUACAUAUGCACUAGAGACUGGACCAAACUUAAAAGAAUGUAUUGCACACACCGAGUGACAAAAAUCAUGUUUUGAAUUACUUACAAUAGUAAAUGUUGCUUUGUAUUAUUAUUAUUUUUGUACUUUAUCACCAAGCUGCUCAACGUUGAUUUGCACUGAACGUCAUGUGAGAGGGACUGAGCUGCUGCCAACCUGCAUUAUCUUCUGACUGGCAAUUCAGUGAAGCCAAGACUGUGGAGCAGAGUGCAUUUUGUAGAUGGACCCCAUUGUUUGCCCCCCCUUUAGCCGUAGCGUCUGGACUUGUGGAGAUCUAGGGGAUAUGUGUUUGCCUGGAUGAAGACGAGAGAGCAAGAAUGGACCUUUAUUUCAGUUAACUCUGUUUUGGAUUGAUUCGGCAUGCAGUGUUGAUACUGAUGAAUGACAGUAAUUGAUUCAGUGUGAUUUUUCUAAUUUAUUAUUUUCAGUUCAAUCCAUUUUUUAUUUUUUUUUAAGUUCGCUACAGCAGUGGCUCACCAGCUGUACUGCAAAAUCAACACAUCAUAUAUUACAUGCCUAGUGAAUAGUAGCAGGCUCCCUCUAGUGGUUCAAAUGGAUUAUGUUGCCAGCUAUCCUGCAGAGACAUCCUGUGUCAUUAGGCUGUGGAUACCUUGCACUGUGCAAUAAAGACACACAGGAUUGUGGCUCUCAUCUUGAAGUGUGCAAUUUGCCACUGAAAUUAUAGCAUUAGCACUACCUGUUUGUUUCUAAGGCAGUAUUAGUUUACACAAAGACCUUCAUGUAAAUAAAAUAUUCUUGAGCCAGAAAGAGAGAAAAAAAAGAUAUCAAGUGGAGGUCAGUCUACAUUUGGUCUGAGAAUAGCUCUUGGUCCUUGAAUCUCGUCGGUUCGGGUUACAUCUGAGCAUUUCGAAUGGAUAACAAAAGAAAUCAAUUUCAAUUCGAUUAAAAAAAAAGAUCACGUUCACGUGUCAAGCAACCCCAUCCCCAAAUGAUGCACUAAGGCAUUGUUUUCAAAAUGUUCUAAUAUGUGAAGUGGUUCUAAUGUGUGAUAUGAUUUUAGAUAAUAUGCUUUGAGUUCUUAGCUGAUUUUUUUCUGACCUUGGAACUGUGGGACUAGCUUGUCCAUAUAGCUUUGAUUUUUCCACAGAGAAAAAAGGCUUUGGGCACAGCAGGCAGGGUCAACAGCUUUUAUUUUCUGAACCUGCCCUCCCUAUUUUGCACCAGAACCCAAACAUAAUGCAGUAACUGUAUGGUGUGUUUCUCUGGCUGCCCCUUGGGCUGAAACUCAAUUCUCUGAGAGGGCUGUGCCCCAAGAUGGCACGGGGCAGGGUAUCUUCUGUCCACAGGUUUUCCCAGAGAGGGAGGGAGAGGGAUACGUUGACCUUAUAACACAGGUUCCUACAGCUGAUUAUUAGUCAUUCCCUGUCUACUAGCAUUAGGUCAGUAAGAUAGCCAGAGCAAAGGCUGGUGUUUAGACAAAAGUUUGUUUUCGAAUGAUAUUUCCUGGUGGACUCACAAAAAAGGGACAGAGCUUAUGAUUUCAUGAUUAAAUUACUUCUUUUUAAAACUGUAUUUUAUGUUGGUGAGUGGAGAGAGACACUGACUUGAAACAUAUUGAUUCUUGUUGUUAUUCUUAUGCAACAGUGGGAUUAAAUUUAUUUUUGUAUGAUAUUAUUGGGACACUUCAGGCUAAUGUGCAUUUAAAAAAAAAAAUACUGUUGUUAAAUGUCCCACAUAGUAAUUUAGGCAUAGGUGAGAAUGAAUU